AUGUUCUUCUUUCUCGCCGAACUGCUGUUUCUUGCAGCUGUCGUUUUAGGACUUCUUUACUAUUUUUUCCUUCUGCCUCCCAAAUACCCAGAAAACAUUCCGGCCAUACCUUUCUGGGUUGCGCUCAUUCCUUUUUUCAAAGAUGUCGACCAGUCAGAUAUUUUCCGCAAAUAUAUUGACAAGCCGCUGCGGACUCACGGUGCGGUGAAGCUCUUCUUCGGCGCGCAAUGGAACAUUUUGGUUCACCGGCCGUCCUAUGUGACUGAGAUCUUCAAGAACGAAGACCUCUAUCAGAAGAGCGGCAACCAGAAGAAAAUUCCGCACAGCGUCCUCGCUGAUUUCCUGGGCGACAACAUUAUUUCUGCACACGGGAACACAUGGAAAUCCUACCAGACGGUCAUCAAGCCUGGAUUACAACGGAAUUUUGAGGCAGACAUCGUCACCAAGAAUGCCGUCAGCCUGUGCCGACUCCUUCUCGAAUCCCAAAAUCGGGCGGGACGUGGGGGCGUCCCGGUGCAAGAGCUGCUGCAGCGGUAUUCGGUCGCGAACUGCUCCGAAGCCAUCUUGCAGACCAAUCUUGGUGCCCUUGAUUCGCCGGACGCUCCUAUCAAUCUCCUCCAGACGGCGGUGAAGAGAGAAAUCUUCAAGCCAGUCUUUAUGAACUUUCCGAUUCUGGAUCAUCCUAACCUGCGUUGGCUCUUCCCCAGCCGGACAAGGGCCCGCCAGGUUGUCGCUCAAUUUAAAAACGAACUCAAAAGCUCUCUGGCCCACCAGAAGCCGGUGGGGGUUGGACUAGGCAGCCGGAUGCUCCAUGCAUGGGAGUCUGGCCUGUGGGACGAGAAACAAUUACUCGACAAUCUAACGGUAACGUUUGUUGCGGGUCAGGAGAACCCCCAACUGUUGAUGACAUCUACGCUCUAUGUGCUAGCUAAACAUCCGGAAGCGCAAGAGGCUUUGCUACGCGAAAUUCUUGCCAAGGACGCCGAUCCCCAGUCAGAUCUGAGCCAAGAGGAUAUGCCCUACCUCACCUCAGUGAUUUAUGAAUGCCUGCGCCUGUUCCCACCAAUCGGUCAGCUCAUCAACCGCAGAGCGGCAGCACCUUGCCUGCUCGGUGGCGAGCUGGUUGUCCCUGAAGGAACCUACCUUGGCUACCACUGCCGAUCAACAAACUGUGACCCGGUCGCAUGGGGACCGGAUUGUGAGCAGUUUAACCCCGCUCGGUGGGGAACAGCAUCGGAAGAGAUCCAGCAGAACUUCCGUCGGCGUCGGGCGAGGGGUGAGUUCAUCUCGUUCCACGGUGGAAAACGCGCAUGCCUGGGCGAGAGGUUUGCCAUGCUCGAGAUGCGGACGACGCUUGUGCAUCUGAUCCGUGAAUUUCACUGGUCAUUGGACCCUACGUGGGUUGAAAGGAUGACUCCUGCAGGCCCAUUGUACCCCAGAGCCUUGAAGCUCGUGUUCGAGGAAAGGGGGAAGGAAGAAAAGGCAUGA